UGCAGAGAAUAAUACUACACCUCGGGAUAAGACGGCUGCACUCUACUCUACGAGUGAGGAUUUCUCCAGACAUGGCUGAUGUGGAGCAUUUUGUGGAUAGACAUCGUGCAGCAUUGAUACAGCGGGUGGUCCUGGUGGCUCAGUUGUUAGAUGAUCUUUUGCAGUGGAGGCUGCUGACACAUGAACAAUAUGACAGAGUGCGCAGUAUGGCGACCUCCCAGGACCAGAUGAGAGAGCUCUUCAGUUUUGCUAGAUUCUGGGGAAAUGACGACAAGGACCAAAUCCUGCGAUCUCUGAGAGAACACAACGCUCCGCUCAUCAGGAGCCUGGAAGGAAAAUAAAGUGUAAUGGACACUGCCCGUGAUUCUGCUUAGAGUGUCAGCUCUUAGGGUCAGUGUCUUGAAGCUGCAGUUAUAUGGAAUGGGUUGUGUCACACAGUACUGAAAUAUGGUU